AUGGACCGUCCAGCAACUCAGAGUCCCAGUAAACGAACCUCCACCAGCAACAACAAGAAGAAGCCAUUGUCAUCCGCAAAGCCCGUCACCUCCUCGCCUUCGAGUGCCCCCGGAUUCAACUUCAUCACUGUUGACCCCUCUUCGCGGACGGAAAGCUCGUCCAGCCGAACCUUGAUACGUGCAAAUGCAGGUCGAUACAUUUGGAAACGCCGCAAGGCUAGUUCAUCCAAGGAAAGCGGCGGCAGGGCAAAACCCUACGAAAAGCCCUCGUCGCAACGAAAUGCUGCCACAGUGAAAGCCGAACCGAGUCCGCCUCCCGAAGACGAUGACCAAGAUGCACAACGAGUAAAGCAGGAGGAUGAAGACGAAGACGUAGAACAAGCAAUCACCGCAGCGAAAACGAUUACAAGCGUCGUUGGCCCGCGCAGACGAAACACCCGUCGCUUCGAUCCGACAUCCAGCAUAAAUCAUGGUCUCCGAAGCCCGUUGUUUACCAGUUUUGGUACCGAGGUCCCUGAGGAUAUUGUCCGACGGACCUUCAAAUAUUCGGCCUCUGUGGUCAUGUCAAAAAUGCUCCCGUCCGAUGCAGAUGGCCCAGCGUCUAAAGUAUCUGACGUUUGGGUGGCAUCGGCGAUGCGCAGCCCGGCUUUGCUGUCAGCAUUUAUCUACGGCACCCUCAGCCACGAGUUCGUGCUCGAUCGUAUGGAGAGCGGGGCCCCCUCGAAAGAACGCCGCCAGAAAAUGCUCCAGAUCAUGGUUGCCGAAAGCGAGUCGAUCAGUCGGAUCAAUCAUGCUCUGCAGGAUCCCGAUGCUCAGAAAACGGAUGAGUUGCUCAUGGCUGUCUUCCUGAUGGGCUACAGUCGCUACGACGAUGCUGUAUUUUCUCCACAACGUAACCCCCAUAAAUCGCCCUUGAACGACAUCCAAUGGGCCAAUAUCUACUCUUACCUCGAUUACGAUGAAGUCCAUGUGGGGGGACUCAUUCGCCUGCUCGAAAUACGAGGCGGUAUCGACGCAGUUGAGUUGCAUGGGCUGCCAGAGAUGAUGUCGCUCGCAACAGUCAUGUUCUCGUCCAAGUUUCUUCACAAACCGCUCUUCCCAUUUAUUCCGAUUAUCAAAACGAAUGGCCGCCACAAGCAACCGGACUGGCCUUCCCCUAUUCAAUACUUGCUGCGAAUGUAUACCGGUGGCAAGUUUCCCAAGCUGCAAGCUCUUGGAGUCCCGUCAGAAAUGAUUGGUCUUUUCGAGGAUAUUUACACCUACAACGCGGUAGUGGAAUUGUACAUGCAAGGAAUCUUUACCGGGUCGUUUGCCGGCUCGGAUGCACCGGUUAUGGCCGAUCGCCGGAACUGGAUUCAACACCGGGCCUUGUCACUGGACUCGGCCGAGGAAUUGGGGAUAGCCGAUACCUGUCCAGCGUACGAAGCCAUACGUCUCGCCACACUCACUUACUGUCUUCUCACCAUCUUCCCCCUUGUUCCCAUUAUGGCACCGUAUCCCCGGCUGACAACACAGCUACGACAAGCGCUGUGUAAUGAAUGGAACGGCUGGAACUCGGCUCCCGAAUACUUUCUCUGGAGCCUGGUUGUUGGCGGUAUUGCCUCCACCCAGUCAAAAACGACUGCAUGGUUUGCAGCUAUAUUGAGUCAGGUUGCUGUGGCCAGGAAUCUUUCUUCUUGGGCUGAUAUUAAAGAAGUGCUCACGUCAGUGCUUUGGCUUGGUCCAAUAUGUGAUGAUCGUGGGGAAGAACUCUGGAAGAAUGCUGUCAAUAUUCGCUCUCAUGUUCAACAACACCAGCAAAAAGUACACCAACAAGUACAUCAGCAAACGCACCGACAGCAGCGAGCUACUACGACGGUUGAUUGA